GGCAAAUCUGAGAAUGCACGAAAUGAAGAAAUGUUGAUGAAGACUGGAGGGAUGAAAUUAAGAAAAAGAUGAAAAUAUAUCACCAAUAAUGGAUGCAUUGAACAUAACAUCUAACGAAACUACAACAAUUUCCAAUGCAUCAGAACACAUAACCUAUCAGGAUUUGUUGAUAGGAUGUAUUCUUGCAAUAAGUGGAAAUCUGAUGAUCAGCAUAUCGUUAAAUGUACAGAAAUAUACACACAUGAAGAAUGAAGCUUUAGGAGACCAGAUACAUUACACUAAAGAUCCAUUAUGGUGGAUUGGUCUAGUAUUGAUGGCAGUCGGAGAGAUUGGAAACUUUUCAGCUUAUGGGUUUGCCCCUGCCUCUCUGGUGGCACCACUUGGGACAACAACAGUUGUUGCCAACAUAUUCUUAGCUGCCAUCUUUUUAAAGGAAAAGAUCCGAGCUGAACAUUUAUUUGGGUCAGCAUUAACAGUUAUUGGAGCAUUUCUCAUCGUCACUUUCUCUUCAAGUAAAGAAAAGGUAUUUGAAGGAAGUGAAGUUACAGAAGCAUUAAAAACCAUGACAUUUACAGUUUAUAUUAUUAUAGAAAUUAUAGUUUUGGGAGUUGUACUAUUCCUGUUAUAUAAAGUUAAGAUGAAGAAAGUAGUUAUAUAUUUAUUGAUAGCAGAUAUAAUUGCCUCAAUAACAGUAAUUUGUGCGAAAGCAGUAUCGGGAAUGUUACAGUUAACAUUUGAGGGAUAUUCUCAAAUGUCAUAUCCUGGUCUGUACAUAAUGGCUAUUGCCAUGGUGGUCAGUGCUGUUAUACAAGUCAAGUAUUUGAAUAUGGCCAUGAGAGAAUUUAAUUCUACAGUUGUAGUUCCAACCCAUUUUGUGUUCUUUACUAUUAGUGCAAUAUUAGCAGGAAUUAUAUUCUACAAAGAAUUUUGGGGAAUGAAUGGUUUAGAAAUUUGUAUGUUUCUUGUAGGUUGUAUACUGUCAUUUAUUGGGGUGUAUUUUAUCACAGUUGGUAAAACACCCGGUAGUAUAGAGGAAACCCAGAGUGAGCCUCUUAAUAACACAGAACAUAGUCAACAAGUCUCACCAAGUUUAUUUCCAUCAUGGUUAUUUGCCACAAUAAAUGUUGGAGAGGUCCAGCCAAAAGGUGAAGUGAGUCACCUGACAGACACAGACAGGGAACCCAUCCUCCCUACUGAUGUAGUAUACCAUGCUUCAGAUGAUACACUGUUUAGUGAAGGGGACCAGCAACAACAGAAUUAUGGUGCUACUACUGAUAGUACAUGACCUCACACAGAACUUUAGUCACAUGACUUAUAAAAAUAUAGAGCUGUAUAAGAUAUAUUACUAUACAUGGAAUGGCUAAAUAAUCUGCUUUAUUUAUACUAAAUAUUAUAUUGAACUUUUACUACAAAAACAGUCAUUAAACUGGCAGUGAAAAAGACAGUUUAGAAUUGUACUAUUUAGUAUUGUUAAAUCCAGUUAGAAUGUAAAAUAAGGAGAAUGUAAAAUAAGGAGAAGUUGCCAAAGUGAUAACUGUCCACCACAGUCCACAAAUGAUGUGGAUUUAAGUAAUUAUUGGUCACCGUACGGCUUUAAACAAUGAGCAAAUUCAUAUUGUAUAGUCAGCUAUAAAAGGCUGUUACAGAAGAAAACAAACGAUUUAUGCCAACCAAAAAAACUAAGUAAGAAUUAGAGAAGAAAUAAAUUGAAUUGGUAACAAAAGUAAGAUGUUUGAUUGAAACAGUAUUUUAUUGCAUACGAAACACCACUAUCAUGUUAACCAAAGUUUAUCCUGUCAGGAAUAAAACAAACCCCUUGAAGUCAACAACCCUUACCCUUUCUGUCAGGAUGAAAGCAAUAAACAUUCCUUGUAUUGUGUAUUAUUUAUACUUUUGUUGUCCAUUCCUUGAAAGUGUUUAACAACCAUAUAAGUGUUCAGUGUUUUUAUAUAAUAAUUUAACCAUUUUUUCUGAAAAUAAUCCUUAAUGUCAUGUAAACCUUUAUUGACAGUAGUUUAGGGUUAAGUUUAGAAUCAGACAUAUAAUUAGGUUAAGAACUAGAACAAGAUACAAGGUUAGAUAUUAAACCCGGAAUAUAUUUAUUAAUAGAAAAGGUCAGGGUUAUUAGUAAUAGGUUAGGAUAGGGGAGAAUGCAAUAUAUUAAAUUUCAAACCUCUAGCUUAACCUAAUCUGGGACAAUUUUUUAACAGUACAAUACAACAAGCUAUAAAAUUGUUCCAAACUUUCCAACUUUUAUCAUGAUGUCUUUUUUAUGUGGCACCACUAUUUCUCAUAUAUAAGAAAUAAUAAAAGACAAGUUGAUUACUGUCUAAGUUAAUAAAUGAUUUUUAUUCCAAUAUAUGUAAUAACUUUGUACAACACCUUUUUGUGGCCAGGAAAAUUCCUCACAGAAAUAUAUCAUGGCUUAUUCUAAAUCACAAUUGAAUAUUUUUGUAUUUCAAACAGAUAUUCAAAGUAUGUAUGUUGUUGACAAAUCAGUAUUUUCAUAAAAUGAUAUAAAUAUCUGACAGAAAUUAGAACAUGUCUUUGCUUGGUGCUACUGAUUAGUUUUGGUGCCUUUUUCAAAUUUACAAAUAUUUUUUAUCAAAACAUAAAUUCCUGUAUUAUUUUCAAAGCCAAAAUAUAAACUAGCUUAAAUUUCUUUGUAUAAUUAGAAAAUAAUGUAUAAUUUAAAUACUGGGUAGUUUUAUCUUUGUUUGGUUGCUGUCAAAUUUACCUUACUUUUCUUCUCAGUGCCGUUAAAGUACCAAUAGUCGCUGUAUUUGUAGUUAAAGAAUAUGAUCAAUGUUAUACAUGUUUUAUUUUGCUCAUCUUGUAUAUUGGUAUUUUAGAAUGUUUUAAUGCUGACUCUUCAGGUGUUUUUUUAAUGGCUUAUUUACAUACAUUUUGGGGGUUUAUAGUAGUCUCUGUUGAAGAUUUUGUCGAUUUCAUAUAUUGGCAUAAAAAUAUAGAAUUUGAGUUCCUAAUUUGAAAAUUGACUAUCAUGUGGAUAUAAAAUAUAUUCCGACUAGAUUGGUACUUUAUAUUUUAUGUGUUUUUCUAACUGCCGUUUUGGUUCUUUGUUGUACCAUUUAAUUCUCAGUCCAUUUAAUCACAUGAAAUCUUGUUGAUAGCUGAAUAUCAUUAAUUCUUGCCAGAUUUUCUGCUGCCUUUAUAUUCCAAAGAUGAUGUUAGUCGAUUCUGUCCAAAGUUAGACAGAUUUUUAAUAUGUGGAGUUGUGCAUUAUAGGUUCUGUUAAUAGUUUGGUUUAUGGCUAGAUCUUGGUUGUAUCCUAUUUAUUUGAUGCUAAUAAUUGUUCCUCUUAUACUAUGUAUGUUUUAUACAUUGAGGUCAUAUUUAUAUUUUGAUCCAUUUAUUUUUAUGUCCUAUCUAUAUAUGUCUGUUAUUAUCUUUACUGUAUUGUUUUAUAUUGAUGUCCUAUAUAUGUCUGUCAUUUUAUUUUGAUAACAUUAAUUUUCUAUAUCAUUUUAUAAAGCAGCAAAAUAAUCAUUAUUAUACAUGUCUAUUAUUAUUGUUGUUGUUUUGUUAAUCUCUACAUUGUAAAUCUAAUAAAAUAUUAAAAUUAAA